GCGGAGGUAAGGGAGACUGAGAGUCCGCAAUGUAUUGGCUGUGCGUCUGAUAUGCUUAUGAUGAAUCUCAUAUCCCGCUAAAUUUGUAGAGCAUUGGAAUAACAGUUCAGUGUCGGUGUAAUUGUAAAAUGUUAAAAUGAAAAUGGUGAAUUUGAAUUUAAUUUCAAAGGCAAAGCAGAGGGAGAGGAGAACUAGGAAUUGAAAAGGGGGAGAGUUAGAAGAAAUGGUCGUGGUUUGUUUUGCUUGUUCGAACUUGAACUGAAAGCUACGUCGAUCUCUUUCUAGGCUCUGUCAUUUUCCGGCCUCCCCGAUAUUCCCGAGAAAGUUCUCCCGUCCAUUUUCUCGGCUUCCUCCUGCAAAGUGCAAAGUUCGCUUCUGAAUAGUCGUGAUCGGUGCUUGAUUCGAGGCCGACAAGAGUGAGGAAAUCCACAGUGGCACUUGUCGCUGGAAAACGGUGCAUUUUAUCGGUUAGAAGAGUUGUGAGAUAUGGAUUUUGCUUCUACUUUUCAGCAGUCAUAUUUGUUUCCUAGCAGUGAAGUUACGACUUGCAGGACUUCAGAUUGUUUGCAUUCACAUUUGAAGUUCGGACAUAGAGGCGUUCCUUAUAAAUUUCUUGGUAAUCCAAGGCUUAUUUCAAGAUUCUACGAAAAUAACAAGUUAAGGAAAAUAACUGUGUCUAAUAACAGGAGUAUCCAUUCAAGUACAAUUGCUAAAGGAGAGUUUGAUAACCAUUUUUGGGGUAAUAAUCCCUGUCGAUCUUUCUCUUGUAAUUUUCUUGAUGUCUCUAAGAGAUCAAGGAGAGUAGUUAGGCUGCUCUGCCAAGGCAGUGAUUCGUUAGCUUGUAUUGAUGGCAAUGGUCAAAAUGUGGAAUUUGGUGAAAGCCGUGAAGAAGAGACUAAUGUCAGUCCCGAGUUGAAUGGUUUAGGGGUGGAGGUAAGGGAACAGGAAGACAAGGGCGGGCCUACGUUGGAUGAAUCAAAGGAUUUGUUAGAGAAGGCACUGAAGGAAUUGGAGGUUGCAAGGAUUAAGAGCACAAUAUUUGAGGAAAAGGCCCAGAGAGUAUCAGAAGCUGCAAUAUGUUUGAAGGAUGAAGCAGCUAAGGCUUGGGAAAACUUUAAUUCUACUCUUAUUACUAUUCAAGCUAUUGUGCAUGAAGAAGCCAUUGCUACAGAAGCUGUUCAGAAAGCAACAAUGGCCCUUUCUUUGGCUGAAGCAAGGUGUCAGUCGGCAGUAGAUUCAUUUGAAACUGCAAAAGGAAGAAACAAGUUUCUGGAAGCCUCUAGAGAGAGUGGUUCAGAAUAUGAAAGUGGAGGGGAAGAAUCAGAUAUUUUAAGGAAAGAAGAGGAAGCAUUUUUGGACGCUGAGGAAGAUAUUAAAGAAUAUCAAGCUACUUUGUCAAAUUUUGAGGCAGAGGUCAGACAGUUGAAAAGAAGAAAAGAAGAGUUGCAAAAAGAAGUGAACAGGCUAAAUGAGGUUGUAGAGAAGGCUCAAAUGAAUGCUUUCGAAGCAGAGGAAGAUGUGGCAAAUGUGAUGCUUUUAGCAGAGCAAGCUGUUUCUUUUGAACUUGAGGCAGCAAAAUGUGUAAAUGAUGCGGAGAUUGCCCUACAAAGAGCAGAAAAAGAUUCUUCUAUAUCUCACAUUGAUAGCCUGGAAACUACAGUACAACAAAAUGGAUCUUCAUCCCAACUGCAGGUUUUGGGUGAGGAAGAACUAGUUGAAAAGGGAAAAGUAAGUCAGGGAAAUUCAGGUGAACAUGUUGUUGAAAGCGAUGGAGAUGCACCAAUUGCAAGCGCUUCCUUUGUUACUGAACUUUUACCGAGUAGCCAGUUUGAUGGACCUGACCACAGUUUUGAUGAGACAUGUUUAUCUAAUAACAGUGAUCAAGAAAAUGGUGAAGUAAGUUUAGAAUCAUCAAAAGAUGCUGGAAUAGAUUUGGAAAAGUCAAAGAACUUUGUUCAAACAAAAAAGCAGGAACUACAGAAGGAUUUGGCAAAGGACAGUUUGCCACUUAAUAGUUCAAAAGCAUUAUUGAAAAAAUCUUCUCGUUUCUUCUCUGCAUCAUUUUUCUCUUUAGAUGGGUCUGAGUUCACACCUGCAUCCCUUUUCUACGGUCUUAUUGAAUCUUUAAGGAAGCAAUUGCCUAAACUGGUCAUUGGGUCUAUGCUCCUUGGGGCUGGCAUUGCCUUUCAUGCCUGCCAGUCUGAGAGAAUUAAUCAGCUAGUUCUACAAUCGAAUAUUAUUACCACUAGUAUUGAUGAAGUCUGUACAAAUGCAAAGCCUCUGGUCUGUCAAAUACAAAAAUUGCCCCAGAGUGUUAAGAAACUAAUGGAGAUGUUUCCUAAUCAAGAGGUGAGUGAGGAGGAAGCUUCUCUUCUUGACAUGCUGUGGUUGCUUUUUGCAAGUGUCAUUUUUGUGCCCUUAUUCCAGAAAAUUCCUGGAGGCAGUCCUGUUCUUGGGUAUUUGGCGGCUGGCAUUUUGAUUGGACCUUAUGGUCUCUCUAUCAUUCGUAAUGUACAUGGAACCAAGGCAAUAGCUGAAUUCGGUGUUGUUUUCUUGCUAUUUAAUAUUGGCCUAGAGCUCUCUGUUGAAAGACUAAGUUCUAUGAAGAAAUAUGUUUUUGGAUUGGGUUCUGCUCAGGUCUUGAUGACUGCAGUAGUGGUUGGCUUAGUUGCUCACUUCAUUGCUGGGCUGCCUUGUCCUUCUGCACUGGUCAUUGGGAAUGGUCUGGCAUUAUCUUCCACUGCUGUUGUUCUUCAGGUACUACAAGAACGAGGUGAGAGUACCUCACGCCAUGGACGUGCUACAUUUUCUGUUUUACUUUUUCAGGAUUUGGCUGUUGUGGUUUUGCUGAUACUCAUACCUCUUAUUUCACCGAAUUCAUCCAAAAGAGGGGUUGGUUUCCAAGCAAUUGCUGAAGCUCUUGGGCUGGCUGCUGUGAAGGCAAUUUCUGCAAUUGCUGCUAUAAUUGCUGGAGGACACUUGCUGCUUCGGCCUCUUUAUAAGCAAAUUGCAGAGAAUCAAAAUGCUGAGAUAUUCUCUGCAAAUACACUCCUUGUUAUUCUAGGGACAAGUCUCCUUACGGCUAGGGCUGGCCUUUCAAUGGCAUUGGGAGCAUUUUUGGCUGGUCUGCUUCUUGCCGAAACAGAAUUUUCUUUACAGGUUGAAUCAGAUAUUGCUCCGUAUCGUGGCCUGUUAUUAGGUCUCUUCUUCAUGACGGUUGGAAUGUCUAUUGAACCAAAACUUCUUAUUUCAAACUUUCCAGCUAUUAUGGGGACAUUGGCUCUUUUAAUUGGCGGCAAGACUAUAUUGGUUGCUCUAGUUGGUAGACUUUUUGGUGUUUCAGUUAUAUCUGCUAUAAGAGUUGGUCUUCUACUUGCUCCUGGAGGAGAAUUUGCAUUUGUGGCUUUUGGUGAAGCUGUUAAUCAGGGUAUAAUGUCUUCUCAGCUGUCAUCUUUGCUGUUUCUUCUGGUAGGGAUUUCGAUGGCCCUCACACCUUGGUUAGCUGCUGGAGGCCAGUUAAUUGCCUCUCGUUUUGAGCUACAUGAUGUGCGGAAUUUGUUACCUCUGGAGAGUGAGACAGAUGAUUUGCAGGAUCAUAUCAUUAUUUGUGGGUUUGGACGUGUUGGUCAGAUCAUUGCCCAACUUCUUUCAGAACGGCUUAUUCCCUUUGUUGCUCUUGACAUGAGGAGUGACCGAGUAGCGGUUGGCCGUGCUGUUGAUCUUCCUGUGUAUUUUGGAGAUGCUGGUAGUCGAGAGGUGCUCCAUAAAGUUGGUGCUGAAAGAGCUUGCGCAGCAGCAAUUACUUUGGACACUCCUGGUGCAAACUAUAGAGCUGUUUGGGCUUUGAGCAAGUAUUUCCCUAAUGUCAAGACAUUUGUCCGUGCUCAUGAUGUGGAUCACGGCCUCAAUUUGGAAAAGGCGGGGGCAACAGCGGUUGUCCCCGAGAGCUUGGAACCAAGUCUCCAGCUAGCAGCUGCCGUUCUUGCACAGGCUAAACUGCCGAUGUCAGAAAUAGCAGCCACAAUCAAUGAAUUCAGGUCUCGCCAUCUUGCUGAGCUCACGGAGCUCUGUGAAGCAAGUGGAAGUUCUCUUGGCUAUGGAUACUCUCGGGUCAUCAGUAAACCCAAAUCUCAACCCUUGGAUUCUUCAGACGAGAAUCAAGUCACCCAAGGAACACUCGCAAUAUAACCCAUCGCCCACAGACGAAGACACAAAUCGGAAAUAAAGAAAAAACUGGCGAAGAAGUAUGCAGUUUACUCGAACUUCCGGAAUAUAUUGUACAGGUAGAAGGGGUUGAAUUAGUGGCAGUUGCACACACAUUUGUUCAUCACUCAAAGAAACCUUUUUGUUUGAUAAAUCUUACUAGGCUAAGGCAGCCGGCCUCGAAUUUUGUUUAGUUGCAGUUGAAAUACCGACCAAAUUGCAUUUGAGAGUAUUGCAGGAAGUUCUUACCAGCUUUGGGCUGUGACUCUGGAUGAUGUCGUACAAUGCAAGUUGUCCUAAAAUAAUGCUUCGUGUGGCGGACGGUUUUCUUCUUGCUUGGAGCUGAGAGAAAAAUGGACCCACACUUAGUUUUGCUCUCGGUUUUUUCUUUUUCUCCUUUUUUGAUAACAAGAAAUUCAAAGUCACUAUUUGAGAGGUUUGAUCCCUAACCCACUUGAUUGUUUUUAUCUUGCACGUUCAUGAUUUUUUUUUAGUCAUAAUAACAAAACAAUCUUACUAUUGUUACAAACAAUAAGCUGCACUUAAAUAAGAAGAUUGAUAUUUUUAUUCAAUUUUAGAACCGUAUUGAUAUUUUUAUUAUUAAAAAAUAUAAUAAUCUAUCGGUGGUGAAUGGAUGUGUAAGCAUUACAUUUUUCUGAUUGUUUGUUUGUCUAGUAAUAUAUAGUUUCAAAAUAUGUAGGUGAAGGGUUUGAUUGCAAUCAGAUUUUUUUUUUCUUCUGGUUCAUUUUGAAAAGAAUGUUUGCUAGUAAUCUGAAUAAUUUUUUAUUUAAAAAUUGUAAUGAUACCCUUAAAAUAUUUGCUUAAAUAUGAAAAAGUAUGUAAUAUAUUUACUAUUAAAAAUGGUUUAGUUUAAUUUAAAAUAUAGUCAAAUAAAAAAUUUAUAAUUUAUUUUUAUAUA